UUCUGCUCACCGUCCGUGUCAUUGUGUGGCAUUAUUGUUAGCAAAGAUAUUUCUAGUAUCUUUGUUGUUAGGUAGGCCCAGAGAUUGGAGAAGACAACGUCAUCCGUUCAAAAAUAGCAGAAUGUGUUGGUAGGGAACUAGGCCUAGGUCUAUGUUUUAAUUACAGUACUCAUCCAUGCUGUGCGUUCAUCAUGCUGACGAUAUUUUGACGACGCAUUCUAUUCAGGGGUAGACACGGCAAGAGUAGACUAGUGACAAACUAGGCUUACUUUUUUGUUCUUGCACACCACUUAAGAUUUCAUUGCUAUCAAGUACAGUACAAUGGACGCUACUUCAACUUCAGGUGUCGAUACAAACUUUGCUCAAAGAAAGUAUCAAGCAAGUGAAAGUAAUCUUCCACAACAGUCACUCACCAAGACAACUGAAAAUACAUAUAGGGCAAACCAGAACUCAUCGGGUAUGGCAACACUUGGCACAUUUGAUGCAUUUGUUGAUGGUCUGAGUCACUACUACAUGAACCCUGAACUAAGUGAUGUCACACUACAUGUUGGGGACAUGUCUUUCUAUGCACACAAGUUUUUUCUUGCAGCAUCUAGUGAUGUUUUUCGAACAAUGCUUACUGCAAAAAAGUGGAAGGAUUCAUUAACCUCUGAUAUCCAUCUUGAGGAACAAGAAAAUUGCACUCCUUACUUCAAAGAAUUUCUUUCUUAUUUUUAUUGUGGUCAAGUAACAGUUACUGUUGAUAGUAUUAUGCCAAUAUUUACACUUGCCGACAAAUAUAAUGUGUCUAAACUUAGGAAAUUAUGCGAAGAAUACAUGACAAAGCAAAUUGGACAACGCAAUGUUAAAGGAGCUCUGGACUGGUUAACCUUUGCUGAAAUGUAUGAUUUGGCUAGCUUGGUAAAUCGAUGUUAUGCUGUUAUACGAUCUAACCUUCCUCUUGUGAUCCACACAGAGGGUUGGUUCUCUUUAACUAUCGACCAAAUAUGUCAGAUUGCUACAAGUUCAGAGGUAAUCAUACGCGAUGAACAUUCAUUUUUUAAAGCGCUUGAAAAUUGGUUGAAAGCUCAAAAUGACUCAAAUAUAGGUGAUAUGUUGCGUCGUCUGCUAAAAUAUUUCCGUUUCACUCAAAUGGCAUCUGAGCAGAUACUCCAGAUAGAAAACUCUGCAUUUGGGAUUGAAUAUCAAGAGUUACUAAAAGAUUAUAUUCUCGAAGGUUACAAGUUCCAUGCAUUGUCAACAAUGUCUAAUCUCUUCCACCAUGAUAAAUUUCUGCCCCGACUCUUCUUAAGUGGACCACAUUGCCAUGUUGUCAAUGCUAAUGUCCUGUCUCAACAAUAUUUCACAGUCAAUGCAAUGCAACAUGGGCAAAAGCCACGAUGUGCAACACCUUGGUACAUGGUUGCCAAUCUUGUGAAAGCAAAACCGAAAGAAGGUGUUAGUUAUGUGGAGGAUUGUUUAAUCACAUAUAAACUGCAAGCACCGAAUUCAGAAAUUGGAAAGUCUUAUCGACUUGCAAUUGUUGUUUAUAAUAAAGAAGACAAGUUUGUAGGUGGAAUUACAGAUUCGGGAAUAAUAUGCAAUCCGGAUGGCCCAUCUGCCAGUAUCCAUUGGAACCUUCAAACUAAUAUUAUCAACAUUCAGAUGCCGGUGCCUCUCGAGCGAUCCAAAGACAACAAGGUUAAACAUGGAGUGGUUAUUCAAGUUUAUUGCAAUUGAAAAUAUCAGCCGAAUUGUACAGCAGUGCUUCCCAAACUGUAUGUAGUGGGCUGCUAUUAUAUUUUCAGUGGUUAGUGGAAGAGUCCCUGUACUGUACAUAUAGAAGUAGUCACGUUAUUUCUGUCACUGGAAAUCAAUUGAAUAGUGUAUUAAACAAGUUAAUAGUGAUAAUUGCUUAUUGUCAAUAUUUUUACAGCUUAAUAAAACCCUGUGAGUGAAAUUACCUCCUUUCUGACAAAGUUGGUUUUUGGUGAUCAACAAAGUGGGUCCCUGGAAAAAAAGUUUGGGAAGCACUGAUGUUCUAUAAGGUGUACUGUUGUUCACUUACAGAAAGUACACAUGUUGUGGUAGGAUAACCUAUAACUUGUAGCAUCUUUGUGUUUAAUUGCAUAGGCAUGGUCCGUGACUACCUAGCUGUCGAAGAGACGCUUAGAGUAGCUUCAUUUUCACACCAUUCCACAACGAAUAUCGGGGGCAUAAAUCCUUUUAUUGUCCAACCAAAAACAUGUUUGUGUACAUUUUGAAUUUGUGAAUUAACAGUUGUAUGGGCCGAACCUUUGUGUGAGUAUUCCUCUGUUGUAAUGUAGAUAACAGAUAUAAUCACGAUGUUAUUGAUCUUAUGGCCUACAAACAUGAUGUUUUAGAACUUUUGCUCAACCAAAUGGAUUGAAGUACACAUUUAAUAUAAAACCUCACAGCCUUGAAGACUGAUAGUAAUACAAUGAGUGCAUUGAAAGUCUACAAGAUGUAUGCCAGUGAAGGCUGGAAAAGUCAUGGAAACCGAUACUUCUUGAACUUAGAACAUUCAUGCUGUCGUCAAUGUAUUGUACAUUUGAAUUUUAACAAAAAUAUAUAUUGUCCAGAACUUUAUGGAAAACUAUUUUAAAAAUAAGAAAUUGAUUAAACAAUGUACAGUAUGCAUUAAUUUAUUUAAACACACUAAGAGCUUGACUAUUUAUUAUUAAUUAUAAAUUUUUGAUAAAUAUAAACAUGUAAAACUUCUUUUUAAGAUGAGAACUGAAAUCACUAAUUUUGUAAUUAGUGUGAAAGUUAGGCUAAACAACAAACAACUGCUAUUAAAUUUGAAAUGUAAACAAAUGUACAAUAGUUACUUUGAUCUUUUUUAUGAACAGUGAUGUUACUUGACAAUCUGUCAUGUUUAUUUACUUAUAGAUAAUUAAGCUUAAAGAGAAAAAGAGACCAAUGUAUGUAUUCUUUAACUUUUGGAAAAAUUUAUACUAUACCAAUGUUUAAUAUAUGAUUUUGCUACCGAAAUUUAAUCAGUGAAAAGGAAAAAAAAUAAAGUCAUCAACUUUAAAUCAUUUUG